AUGGAUGGAUGUAUGGAUGCAGAUACAUCUAAGGCUGUAUUAGAGAAUGUGAUGUUUUGUCAUCAAGAAGAGAAUUGUUGGCCAUUAGGAGAUAUGAAUUCUAUCAAGAAAAGAUUUGAUUCUUUAUUCAAUGCAACUAGAUAUGUUAAGGCUCUGCAGGCAAUUAGGCAAUCUAAGAAGGAGCAUAUGAUGGAAUUAAAGGACAGAGAAAAUGAUUUACGUUUGCUGGAUGUACACCGUACAGCAGCAAGAUCAUUGCGCAUGCAACUGCAGCAGCAGCAGCAAAUUAUUGAUGAAGCUAAUCAAGAAAUACAGCAGCAGCAGGAAGAAGUACGACAUAUAGAAGCUGCUGCUGCUGCAGCAGCAGAUUUGUUGCGUCAAGUACAGCAGCAACAGCAGCAGCUACAGAUGGCAGAAGAACGUCAGAAUAUGCAGCAGCAGCAACUGCAGCAACUGCAGCAGCAGCAGCAGCAAGAUGAUGACGAAGGGCCAAUUGUCUUUGAGGAAUCCAUCGAAGAAUUAGAAGAUCUACUCGUUAAAAUAUCCGAUGAAUAUAAGGCGAAGAGUGAGAGGAGGCAGGCAGUAUGCGAGAAAGUGAAUAUGCUGCAGCAGCAGCAGCUGCUGCUGCAGCAGCAACUGCAGCAGGAAGUUGCUAAGGCAUCAGAUGGACUAAAGGCAGAAGAAAGAAGAGAUGCUGCUAAGCAGCAGCAGCAGCAGCUGAUGGAUAAGGUAGCAGCAAUGCUUCCUUAUGCACAGCAGCAGCAGCAGACUGCUGAGACAGUGGUGGAGUUGUGUAGAUCAGAGGCGCAGAAGUUGCGGCGUCAGCAGCAAGUAGCAGCACGAGAGCAGCAGCAGCAGCAACAGCAGCAGCAGCAGAUGUUACAGCAGCUGCAGCAAAAGGAGCAGCAGCAGCAAGCAGCAGAAAGUUCCUCUAUAACACAAAUUAACUGCAGCAAGCAGCAACUGCAGCAACUGCAGCAAAAGCUGCAGCAAAAACCCUCACAGCAGCAAUGCCAAGAAGCAAUUGCUGCUAUACAGCAGCAACUGCAGCAACUGCAGCAAACAACAGCAGCAGAUAGAGACCAACAGCUCAAGAGUCUUGAGGCUCAAGGUGCUUCGUAUGGAGAAGCACUGCAGCAACUGCAGCAGCAGCGGCAGCAGCUGCAGGAAGUGCAGCAAGCGCUGCUGCAGCACGAAACACUUGGGGUGUCUCUGCAAGUAGCGCAGCAGCGGCAGCAGGAGAAGCAGCAGCUGCAGCAGCAGAAGCAGCAGCAGCUUACUAUUCGUCUUGCUGCGCUGCAGCAGCAACAUGCCAUUAAUAUCCUCUUGUCCUCCCCUAAGGAAACGGAGGACCAGUUACGUGCUGCAGCAGCAGCUGCUGCAGCAGAGCAGCAGCAGCGACAACAGCAGAAGCAGGCAGCAGAUGCUGCAGCAGACCGCAGCGCAGCAGAGUACGGAAUGCUGCAGCAGCAGAUAACAGCAGCAGCAGCAGCAUGCAUUCAUCUAGCUGAGCAAAUAGAUGCAGCAAAGCCCCUUCUCUCCAACGGCAGCAGCAGCAGCAGCAACAGCAGCAGCAGCAGCAGCAGCAGCGAGAUAGGCUGGGAAACUGUUGCAGGUUGGGACGUCAGCAGCAUAGAGUCUGCGGUGUCUGCUGAGCUGCAGCAGCAGCAGCAGCAAGAGCAGCAACUAAAACAGCAAGCAAUAGCAGCAGGAGGAAUAGAUUUAUAUAAACAAUUAGCAGCAGAAGCAGCAGCAGCAGCAGCAUGCCCCCUCUGCAGCAAACCCUUUGAUGGUAGCAAUGAUCUGCUGCUGCUGCAGCAAAAUAUAGACAAAAGAGUGCAGCAACUGCCGCAGCAGCAGCAGCAACUGCAGCAGCAAAUGCAGCAGCAUCAUGAGCAGCUACAAAAGAUUCUGCUGCAGCAGCAAAAGACGCAGCAGCUAGCAGCAAAACAUAAAGAACUAAUUGCUGCUGCUGCUGAGCUAUCUACUAUGAAGCUAAGUGAAGAACAGUUGCAUGCUGCUGCUGGUGCAGCAGCAGCAGCAGCAGAAGCAGCAACACAAAAAGCACGGGACCUGCAGGCGGCGCAUGCAGAUGCUGCUGAACUUUGUGCAGCAGCAGCAGCAGUAGCAGCAGCUGAGCAGGAGACGAAGGAAAUGGACAGCAAGCUGCGCUCUGCAGCAGGCCUACAAUCAAGCACCAGCAGCAGCAGCAGCAGCAGCAGCAGCACCGUGCAGCAGCAGCUAGAGGAACUAGAGGCCCGCAUAGCUAAGGUAUUUGCGGAUAGGGAGGCAGCGCAGCAGAAGCAGCAGCAGCUGCAACAGCAGCAACUAGGUCAGCAGCAGCUGCUGCUGCAGCUAAGGGCGCAGCUGGGAGACCAGCAGCGACUACUGCAGCAAAUCAAUGAAGAGCAGCAGCAGCAGCAGCAGCAGCAGCAGCAACUUCAAGCCGCGGAAGCAGCUCUACCAGGCCAGCAGCAACUGCUGCAUGCAACUCGGCAGCAGCUGCAGCAACUGCAGCAGCAGCAGAGACAGGCGGAGCAGCAAGCUGAGGCGCGGCAACGGCAACUUGAGUCUGCUGCUACAGAGUUGGAGACGACUGCUACAAUGCUAUUAGAGCAGCAGCAGCGCGUGCAGGAAGCAGAAGCAGCAAUUGCUGCUGCUGCUGCAUCAGCAAGUGGUACAAGACAGCAGCAGCUGCGUCAGCAGCAGCAGGAGCUAACUGUUGCACUGCAGCAGGAGCAGCAGCAGCAAGAGUUACUCAAUGCUGCCUUUGAGAGAGGGCAGCAGCUGCUGCAGCAAGUACGAGAUAGUAUAGAGAUAAAGAAGCAGCAGCAGCAGCUGCAGCAGCAGCAGCAAACAGUGCAUGCACUGCAGCAGACACUGCAGCAAACGGUGCAGCAAGGGAUAGCAGCACUAACGCAGCAAAAUAGCAUCGCAGCAGCAGCAGCAACACAACUACAACAACAACAGCAGCAGCAGCAGCAAACAGCAGCAGCAGCAAUAGAAUAUAUACUUAAUUCCUUAAGGAAAACAGCAGCAGCAAAAGGAGAAAAAUUAGCAGAAAUAAGAGGAGCAGCAGCAGCAAGACAAGAAAGGAAGCAGCAACUGCAGCAAGAAUUAAAUAAUCCUACCUAUAAACAAAUUGAUGCUAGAUAUGUACAAGACAUCGACAGAUAUCAUAAGGCAUUAGAUAGGGCACUUAUGCGCUAUCAUGCUGCUAAGGUAAGUAGCUAG